AUGCAGAGUCCGUAUUUACCUCUCACCGGUCCUUCCUGUGCUGUUGUGUUGUCGGUACAUCAUUCAUAUAUCGAGGUUGAGUUAAAACUCAAGCUAGAUUCUGGUGAUGAAGAAUUCAGCUACGUAUCUGAUGCCUACAUCGAGAUUGUCCCUUUUAACUCCUUCGUCAUGCAACGAGAUUUGGCUGGCAGGCUUAGCACGUUGCAGCUAACUGUGGCCCACAUUAUUCAUUCCGUGGAGGCUACAAUUAGUGUCAAAGUCAAACAUGGGGAAUGGCCAUAUGGCCAUGGAGGCCUAUUUACUGCGUCUACUGCUAGCAUCAAUGACAUGGAAGUUGUGCUUCUUGGAUUUGAGGUUGAUGAGGUCCUACCUGUUAAGGAUGAUGGGCAUGUCAAGCUUUUUCGUCGCGUCGUUAGCGUUGAAAGCAAAGGAAAGCUCGAAGUCUUGGUGGAAGCAAACCCUGCCAAUGAUGAAGAGGAUGUAGUUAGCGACGACAUCUAUUUCACACCCAAGAGAUCUGGUAGGAGCCACCAAAUGCUCAAGGUUGGCUCUUGUGAGAUGGAGGUAACGGUGGCGUGGUCUCUCCUUUUGUCUUAUGGAUGA